AUGCUGUCAGCCCAGCUGCCCCAACCGGCCGGUCCAAACCAACAACUCAACCCUGGACAGAGGUCUCAGCAGUUGAGUGACCUGGCUGGCGCCGGCAAUGGCCAGUUGGCAGACAAGCCGUACGGCCGUCGCCUGGCUAUCAACAUCAUCGAGGACCUGGCCAAAAACGAGCCGUCGCGUCCCUUCGUCUUCACUCCCAAUGGCUCCGAGGCCAAGGACGGCUGGGCCAAGGUGACUUACAAGCAAAUCUACAACGCCAUCAACCAUGUUGCCGGAGAAAUCACAAAGAAACUCGGACCUGCGCCUGCGGGUGUUCCCUACCGUUGGGCUGGAUACCAGGCUUUCUUCGUUUCGCCGCGAAACAGUCUUGAAGGCUUCCUCUCCCUGUUCGAGGCAACCAACUGCAACGCGUUUUACUACGCCGAGGCGAACCGCCAACUCGUCCAAACCUGGAUGAAGAAGAGAAAGCUGCAGGCUUUCGCGGCUCCAAGCGCAGAUGUUUGGCUCAACGCCGAGCCACAACUGUUCCCGUACAGCAAGUCGUUUGAAGAAGCGCAGUGGGAUCCCAUGGUCGUCCUUCACACCAGUGGAUCGACCGGUAUACCCAAGCCCAUCGUCGUCAGCCAUGGCGCCAAGUUCUCGCUGCAGGAAUGGAGCGACAGGUCCACGAGACUGUUCCUCCCAAUGCCAAUGUUCCACGCGGCCGCCGUCUACGUGUUCUUGUCGAUGGCCAUUUUUACGGACAGCCCAUCGCACUUGGCAUCCCUGAGCGCCCGCUAA